AUGGCCAUUGGACAACUGCCCAAGAAGCCUAAAUUGUUCACAGGAACCCUCUUAUCUUUUGACUCGCACAUGAAUUUAGUUCUGGCAGAUGCAGAGGAGUUUAGACUGACAAAGCGGUCUAAAAAACAGCUUCGCGAGCAAAAAGCUGUUGAUGCGGAUGAAUCAGGGAUAAGCGAAGAAAAACGGUUACUGGGAUUGGUGAUUUUGCGCGGAGAAACGGUGGUCUCGAUUGUGGUAGAGGCAGGUCCUAAUUUGGCGAGUACAAAACCUGCUCUGCGACUAAACAAGGGUAAAGGAUCAGUCAAGCCGCUCAAGACGCUGGACGGAGUCAAGACGGUGCGGCCCGCAGGUGUCACCAAGCCACGCAGUCUCAAAAGAAAAUGA